AUGUCAAGCUCUUUCCAAACAUCGAUUUUUGACCUCACAGGCAUCGACGUGCCGUCGAACAGUUCGUGCGAGUGGAUUUUCCAAGGCGAUGCAAUUUCUAUGAAUCAAUACUCUGGUGACAUCGCCGAAGACCUUGCUUCAGACUUGGCCGACGAAAACCCCACCAGUAGCAACUUUGCGGCAUCGAAUAGCGGUCAACACAACAAUUUUGUGAAUACAUCGGCACGGUCUUCUUCCUUUGACCAUCAUCUAUCCGACAGUACUUGUGUUGCCGGCUCGUAUGCAGAUGCGGGAACCUCCAUGAGACUGCAUUAUACCGUCCCAUCCUCCGAAUCGAUGUCACAGUCCUCAAUCUUUAUCCCGACUCCAACUACCUCCGAAUCGAUGUCACAGUCCUCAAUCUUUAUCCCGACUCCAACUACCUCCGUUGAUUAUAAUGGGGACAACAACAUCCCCACAAGCCAAAACGACUCGGUCGGGUUGCAGCACCAAUCUGCAUACUUCAUUUUCCCCACCUGUGCCAGUGACUCGACACCUUUCGACACUUGGGUUAAAACCCCCGAACGUCACGAGCAGAUCGCCCUCAAAAUGUCGGACCCUACAACUCAUCCGGCCACACAAGAGGCAAGAAAUUAG